AUGACUGCAACUUCCUCAAGCACUUUGGUUAGGCUGUACUGCAUCCUAGUCUCCGCAUGGCGCGAGGACCCGGAUGACGACUACAAUUUCGCGUUCUCUCCAUACUCAAUCAGCGCGCUCCUCUCUAUUCUCUAUUUUGGCGCCAGGGGAACGACGCAGGACCAGCUCAAGGACGUGUACUUUCAAGGUCGUUCGCCUGACGACGCGGCAAAAUGCCUGCGAGACGCUAUCCCUGCAGCCGAUCGAAAAGAGGAGGUUAGAGACAAGUCGGAUGUGUCUUCCGUCAUCGUCGAGAGCGCGCAUCGCCUCUACGCGUCGAAGGAGCUGAUCGAACACUCCGUGUCGGCGUUUGACGGGUUUCGAGGAACUGUUGAAGAGAAUUUGAACGCCGAGGCGCUUUCAGCCGACUUCCAGACGAAGUGCGAGGAUGAGCGACGGAAAAUAAACGAAUGGGUAGCAGCUGUAACGGGCGGAAAGAUAACUGAUAUCCUUCCGCCGGCAUCCGUCACCUCUGAAACGGCCCUUCUCCUCGUCGGCGCACUCUACUUCAAAGGCGAGUGGUUGAAACCGUUCUCGCCGUGCGAGGGACAUGGGCCGUCGAAGUUUUACAGACAGGACCCCUCCGGGGCCACUGUUUUCCAAGAGGGAAUCAGAUUCAUGGAAGCGACGCAGGUCUGCAAUAACGUUUUCUGCUACCGGUUCAAGCACACAACCCGCCCGGGUUUCGGAGCUACUGUGUUGGAGGUGCCAUAUAUCGAUCACCGAUGUUCCAUGGUUUUCUUCAUGCCUGACGCUCCCGCCGACUUGGUAAAGCUUGAGGAAAUAUGGCAUGAUAAUCCAGACCUUCUCAGUGAUUUGCUGCAGGAGAUGGAUGAGACUUCGAGCACUGAGCUUCGAGACGUAGAACUUAAAGUCAGACUUCCCUACUUUAAACUAGGCGGCGAAACGAUGAGCCUGCUACCGAUACUCAAAACGCUGGGGCUGAAAGACUUCUGUAGCUCGAACGCGGAUUUGUCCGGUAUAAACGGGAGUAGAAACAUGUCUGUAAGCGGCGUGUUUCAUCAGUGCAUCGUUGAGAUCGACGAAACUGGAACGGAGGCGGCCGCUGGCGCAGCGGCUAGCAUCGCCUGCACGUCCAUCCCCGUCAUUCGAGAAAGGAAGACAAUCAACGUUGACCGUUCAUUCUUGUUCCAGAUUCGACGGCUUCGGCAAAUGAGGGACGGGAGGGCAGCGAGGUCCGCAGUUUCUCGUAGAGAUGAUGACGUAUUUUUUGUGGGCAGAGUUGUUGAUAUGAUCGCGCUGCAAGGCGAGAACGAGUGA